AUGUCUUUUUUAGCUGUGAUUGAUGAUUCAGAGAAUAAGGCUAUAUGGUGCAGAUGUAUAGUUUCACUAGCAUCCAUUUCUGAGAAGAUUCAGUUCAUAAUAAGUGAAUCAAAAGUUAUUUUGACUGCUAUAAAUGUUGCACAUGUCUCACAUGGUGAGAUUACAUUUGACAAGUUAUUUUUCAAAACCUUCACAUUUAAUUCAGACUCCAUAUCAGAUGAAGGCUUAGGGCAGAACGAUGAUGGUGAAGCUGUUUAUUCAUUCAGUGUGCGAUCCAAAAUAUUAUCAAUAUUGUUUAGAAAGACUGAGGACGACGUUGAGUCUUAUAAAUUGGCAUUUAAUGCAACUGAUAGAUGUUCUGUUAAUGAGCGGUAUAGACUACAAAUUGAAAUCAAAACCAAAUCAUUGAUAAGGAAACAACACAAUCCUUUUUAUCAACCUUGCAAAGUUGACAAAUUGAGCAUUUCAAAGAAGUAUAAGGAGGCGCUUAUGGAUCUCCCACAAGAUAAUGAAGAAAUGGAUGAUUCAAUGAAAGAUGAUGACAAUGAAAUUAACUAUAUGAUGAUUAAUAACUCCAUAUUGAAAAGUUUUUUGGAAAAUGUUAGUUCAACAACUGAAGAUUUCAAACUUGAAGUAAAUCGGAAAAAUUUCAGUAUAACGGCAUUCACUAAAGGUAUUUUUGUGAAAGAGAAGGAGAUUUUAAAGCAGCCAAUGGCUGUCAAUAUUGUUUUCAGCACUGAUGAGCUACUGGAUAUAAGAUUGUUUAGCCAAAGUGAUAAAAAGAUAGUUUAUAGGUUGAAGGAUUUCAAAACUUUUUUGAAUCUUGGAGCUAAUAAUGAUUUCAUUGAGAUCUUGCUUAAGAAGCCCGGUGACCCUGUGUUGUUUGAACUUUCUAAAAAUGGUUGUUUGAUUCAGUUUGUGCAGGUUACAGAUGGUGAAAACAAUCAUCAAUUGGAUGCUAGACAUACAAGAGUCAUACCCAGAGAGAAAGUUAGUAAGAAGAGAAAACAAAAGGCCAAACCUCAGCCUCAAGAGCAGCCAAUGCCAGUCUACGACCAUGCAGCAGAGCUUGAAAAUGAAUUCAAUGAGCCUCUUUUUGUUGGAAUUGAUGAUGAUGAAGAGGAACAAGAUGAGGUGACCGUCGCUGAUAAAACAGUUCAGCACACCUCAAUAACCAGGGCAAAAUCACCAAUGAAACCACCCAGAUUACCUACAUCGACGUCAAUGUUUAAUACAGGAAAAGAAUCACAAGAAAAGCAUAGUGAAAGUCUUGAAAGAGAUGUCAGGCCAAACGAUGAGAUUUCAUGGGGUGAACCUAGCUCAAAAGAUCAAAAGAUUAGUCAAUUGAUCAACAACUCCAAGAACGACGAAAGAAGAUUGAUUAAUGAAGCUAAAGUUAAGUAUCUGAAUGAAAUUAAAAAGCGGAAAUUGGGAAAUAUUAAUCAUAACAAUGGAACUGAUGGUGAUGAUGAAUUAGGACCGACACAAGAUGUCUCAAAAGUGAAAGGGAUUUUUGACUAG